AUGCAUCGGCAAACGCGCCGGCCAUUCAGGUGGCCAAGAAUCACGUAUUUUGUAUUGACCAUGGCCACGAUCCACCUCCAUCUCACGAUUGCAUCCCAUCGCAUCGCGCUCUACCUCAAGCUCAAGCCAAGUGGCAAGCAUUUUUCCUCGGCGUUCUGGAUCUCUGAUCAAUCCAUGUCCACUGGUGUGGACGGUGUUCCUGGCGCAUACAAGGCCUGUCAUGUGUGA